GCAGCCCAGUCCGCUCCUGUCGCUCCGCUCCUCGCAGCCCAACCCGGCCCGGCCCAGCCCAGCCCCGGCCCCUCCAUGCGCCUGGCCACCAUGAUCAAGAAGCUGUGCCCCGGAGAGCCCGAGCUGAACAUCCCGGCCAAGAACUGCUACCGCAUGGUGGUGCUGGGCUCGUCCAAGGUGGGCAAGACGGCCAUCGUGUCCCGCUUCCUGACGGGCCGCUUCGAGGAGCAGUACACGCCCACCAUCGAGGACUUCCACCGCAAGUUCUACAGCAUCCGCGGCGAGGUCUACCAGCUCGACAUCCUGGACACGUCGGGCAACCACCCCUUCCCGGCCAUGCGCCGCCUCUCCAUCCUCACAGGAGACGUGUUCAUCCUGGUGUUCAGCCUGGACAACCGGGACUCCUUCGAGGAGGUGCAGCGCCUGAAGCAGCAGAUCCUGGAGACCAAGUCGUGCCUGAAGAACAAGACCAAGGAGAAUGUGGACGUGCCCCUGGUCAUCUGUGGCAACAAGGGGGACCGCGACUUCUACCGGGAGGUGGAGCCCCGCGAGAUCGAGCAGCUGGUGGGCGAAGACCCCAAGAAAUGUGCUUACUUCGAGAUCUCGGCCAAGAAGAACAGCAGCCUGGACCAGAUGUUCCAGGCCCUCUUUGCCAUGGCCAAGCUGCCCAGCGAGAUGAGCCCUGACCUGCACCGCAAGGUCUCGGUGCAGUACUGCGACAUGCUACACAAGAAGACUCUCAAGGGCAAAAAGCUGCUAAAAGAAGGGGCAGGGGGCAGCGACGGGGAAGCCUACGGCAUCGUGGCCCCCUUUGCCCGCCGGCCCAGCGUGCACAGCGACCUCAUGUACAUCCGGGAGAAGGCCAUCGGGGGUGCACAGGCCAAGGACAAGGAUCGCUGUGUCAUCAGCUAGGAGCCCUUUUCCCGGCUUCCCCCCAGAUCCAAGAAAUGGGGGAAUAAAAAGCUUUUUAAACUGAAAUUCUGCCCUGCCUCUGUCUCUGCUUCCUCACUUGCGUUUCUUAACAUCCUGGAAGCCCACUGCUUUCCCCUAUGGGGGGGUAUGAAAAAAUCCCGUGCUGACCAAGUGAUCCAAAGCAUAAGCGACUUUAAGAUGCCCGCCCCUAUCAGAACACGCUUCUGCCCCAGGACAAAGAUGCCUGUUGUCGAAAGUAGCCGAAGAGAUCUCCGCCGAGACAGCCGAAGCAUGACGGGGACAGGUGAACAGCCCGGCUCAACCGAACAGCGGCUGAAACUUUUUGCUCUGGCACUGAACCAGGCAGAGUGACCUCUGUCGGGCAGUCAGAAAACUGACAUUAAGGAUUCUAUGUCCGUGGUCACAAAUAACCCGCUGGUUGGGGGCAAAAUGACAGAAACGACCCAUUUUCACGACUAAGUCGAUGACUCCCCUAUCAUCCUGGUUUGUCUCCCUUGCAUACGCAGCUGAACGGUGACUAGCUUUGCACUAAAAAUCUCCUGUUCAGAUCAGGCAUGCAAUUCCCUCCCCCUGCUUUGCAGCGUGGAAUAAAAAAAGGAAACUACUUCCAAUCAUUUCA